UUACCUCUUUAAUGAAAUCUAUUUUUGUGACUUUGAGCCUUGAGUGCUACUUUGGGUUGAUAUAGUAACUCGUUUUUUUGUUGAAAUUGUUGAACUUUUGUCUUGGCCUCACACCUCACAGCCAGCCCACUCUUGCUCUUGCUCUUGCUCUUACUCUUUUUUUUGUUCUCUCUUUGUCUCUGUUUUUACUCUCUCAGUUCUGCUUGUGUUUCAAUCAUGACACAAGCUAGCACACACUCUCUUUACUCUUUCACGUUUGGUUUGUUCUUGUAGAGAGAGAAGAGAGAUAACUUUGUAUGUCUACAUUUUUACUUACUCCAACUCUUAUUCUUAUGAGAAUUGGAUUUAUCUUUCUUACAAGACCACAUAUACAUACAUUUUUACUUACUCCAACUCUUAUUCUUAUGAGAAUUGGAUUUAUCUUUUUUACAACACCACACAUUAACUACUCAAAUUCUCUUUGGUUUGUAACCAAUGUCAAGUGGCAUCUUCUCUCACAUUGAUUUUCUUCUUCUACGUGACUCUCCUUGGUCACUUCUUCUUGUUUCUUCGUUUCUUACGCUUCAAGCUUCCUUCUUCUUCUUCUUCUUCUUCUUCUUCUGCUUUUUGUUCCUUUUUUGUAGCUUCUUCUCUACAAUUCUUCUUUGCUCCUCUUCUUCUACGUGACUCUAACAUCAAAAUAAUAUAAAAUUCUAUAACCAAACAAGGAUAAAUACUAGAGAAGAGGCAAGGAAGAAUAUGCAAACCACAGAAACGUAACUUACGGCUUUAAGGACGUAUCCAGUAGAGAUGAAAUCAAAAACAUCUUUGCCAAAUUCAUUAGUUUUUGAGAAUUUAACGUGAUUAAAGAAAAUCUAACACCUAUAUGGUCAAUUAUGUUAACUACUUUGUAGCUUCUUCUCUGCGACUCUUCUUUGCUCUUCCUCUUCUUCUCCGUGACUCUCCUUGGUCAAAAAUAAGGGUUAUAAGCCGUUGUGUUCUGUUUUUUUUUCUGUUUCCUUUUUUUCUCGUUUUCCUUUUUAUUAGUUGAUAAUACUAUUUCUAAUUAUUUUUUACCUUCUUUUUUCUAAAAACUGGAUAUGAGUUGGCAACUUAUUAGUUGGUGGUGAAUCUAUAGGUUCACCCUAGGGGGUGAACCCAAGAAUUAGUCAAGAAACAAAUAGUAAAAUACUGCUUUGAGUUAGUACAAUGUGCAAGAUGUAAAUAUGACACAACAAGAAUUUUCCUGAAUUAGAUUAACCUAAUGAAGCUUAACAUCAAUAAUUAAAAAGACUUAACAAAUAAAUUUAGCAGCCAGCCAGCCAUAUUUGUUAAGCUAAAAACUAAACCCCUUCAAAUCUCAAUCUAAUUACCCUUUUUUUCUCCUCUCCGCACGAAUUAAUUAAUUCAAAGUUGUAAAUCUACGAAGGGGCCAAAAGUUAGUAACAUAUUCAAAAUGUUCGCCGAGGCAGAUAACAAUAUGAUGCAUUCUGAUCCGAAUCUCUCCUCCACAAUGACCGACCAGACCGAGGACGAGUACGGCCUACGUAACAGCAGUGCAUCUGCGGUUGGCACAGGCAUGUACGGUAGAAUGAGCUGCGAAGGUUCUCCAGUGAUGAUGUCUCCCUGGAACCAAGCAUCUCCAUUUACUCAAACCGAAUGGUCUAACGUCGAUGAAAAUCUACCUCAGAAUGGUCUUAUUGGCUCGCUUGUACGUGAAGAAGGUCACAUCUAUUCUUUAGCGGCCACGAAAGAUCUUCUUUACACUGGUUCCGAUAGUAAGAACAUACGCGUGUGGAAGAAUCUAAAGGAGUUUAGUGCGUUUAAAUGCAACAGUGGGUUGGUAAAGGCCAUUGUGAUUUCAGGGGAAAAGAUUUUCACGGGUCACCAGGACGGUAAGAUUCGCGUUUGGAAAGUAUCUCCUAAGAACCAAAGCUCCCACAAACGCUCUGGAACGUUACCUACUUUAAAAGAUAUAUUCAAGGCCUCUCUCAAACCAAGUAACUACGUUGAGGUGAAGAAAAACCGCACCGCGCUUUGGAUCAAACACGCGGACGCUGUUUCUUGUUUGAGCCUGAAUGAAGAACAAGGGCUUUUGUAUUCUGCUUCAUGGGAUCGAACAAUCAAGGUGUGGAGGAUCUCUGAUUCGAAAUGUCUAGAAUCAAUCCCGGCUCACGAUGAUGCUGUAAACUCUGUGGUAUCAACAACGGAAGCGAUUGUGUUCUCCGGAUCAGCUGAUGGAACAGUGAAGGCGUGGAAGCGUGAGCAGCAAGGAAAACACACAAAACACACGCUCAUGCAAACGUUAACAAAGCAAGAAACUGCUAUCACAGCUUUGGCUGUGAAUAAAAAUGGUACUGCUGUGUACUUCGGUUCGAGUGAUGGUUUGGUGAAUUUUUGGGAGAGAGAUGAGAAGCAAUUGAACUACGGUGGUGUUUUGAAGGGACACAAACUUGCUGUUCUUUGCCUUGAAGUUGCGGGCGGUCUUGUCUUCAGUGGGUCUGCUGAUAAGACAAUAUGUGUGUGGAAGAGAGAUGGAAAUAUCCAUACAUGUCUCUCUGUACUAACUGGUCACACAGGUCCUGUAAAAUGUUUAGCGGUUGAAGAAAAUCUUGAAGUGUCAGAACAGAAAGACCAUAAGUGGAUUGUAUAUAGUGGAAGUUUGGACAAGUCAGUAAAAGUAUGGGGAGUUUCAGAAUCAUUCAUUGACAUGAACAACAUGGGUACGAUGCAGCAAGAACAACAUGUCAUAUCUCAUUCGGAGGUUGUUAUGUCUGAUGGCAGUUUCUCCUCAUCAACUGGUGGAGCCAGCAGCCAUCAGAGAGGUUAAUCAUGUUUUGUGGUUUGCACUCCUAAUUAAAUAACAAAUUUGCAUGAAUGUCAAACAACUCAUCAAUUUUAAAAGUUAAAUUUCAAUACAAACAAAAAGUAAAGUUUAGUCUUAUGAUGCAAAUACUAUUGUGUAUUAUGAAUUUGAGACUUUAAUAUUAAGGUUCGUUAUUAUUUUCAACAUUUUGCGAUAUUGUAGUCUUGCUUAUGUUGUAUCAUGUUCUUACUACUUUUAUGAGAUUUGAUAGGAUAAAGUAGUCAUUUUAUUCUAUCAUUUCUCAUGGAAUUAUUGAUAGCUUUUCAGUUUUCAUUGAUCAAAAGUUCAAAACCAUGAGCUGUCUGGCUCAGUUUAGCUCGUGCUGGUUCAGUGUGAGGUUGAUAUACGGCCACGACUUCGCACAAAUGAGUAGAUACAAUAUCUUUUAUAAAUGAGUCUAGCUCAACAUUAUUUUGUUAGCAGAUUCUGUUUAUGUAUAAACAACCUAUUCGGGUUUUAUUGGAGAGAUAUUGUACAACAAAGCAAAAUGUUACUGGAUCAACCAAGCAGGCCGUUCCACAGUUCUUUAAAUUGGAAACAUAAGCCUGAGGACAAGGAACAGCUUGUAGCUUGGUCGACGCCAUCGAUCAGUGUCUCUGUUACUAAAACAGGUCAAGUUUUAUAAAGACCUUUAUUUUGAAAUUAUCAUACAGGAAUCUCUCGCAUCUAUCUCCAAAUCCUUGGUAAGACAUAUUCUGUACUUAUAUAAUCUAUUCUUGAGCUUCUGCGGAAAAGCUUGAGCUAUCCAAAAAUAAGGCAUGGCAUUAAGACAAGAGAAUGAUUGGCGUUAUGUCUAACCUGAUUUUUUCACGCUUGAAGGAUAAUUGCAUGUGUCAAUAUUGCCUCUUUGUACUGCAGAUAGCGAGUAAUAGUAAUAAGUAAAAUAUUUUUCAUAUAGAAACACUCAGGCAUAUGUCUAACACGAAGGAGGUCUUUUCUGUUGCUGCUCCGAGGCAUCCAAAAGGAUGUGAACAGAGCCAAAUCCACUGGCUAAGGUUUUCUCAUAAAGCGUCUUGAUUACUAGUAACUGAGGAAGCAGAUCAAAUGGGAGAGUGAUUUCCCAAAUCAGAACACAAACUCAUUGUAGUAAAGGGAGUAUGAAUUUGGGUUUAUUAGCAACUCACCUGAUAUCUGUACGAUGUCUGCUUGUAACCCAAAACCACACGUGUUGCAUAGAUUACCAGAGCAGUGACGGAAAUCCCAUCAAAAAUAGGACUGAUAUAUGUUGUAAACUUGUAAAUAACGUGAUGCCGUAAGUCCCAUAAUGCUAGUGAUAUCCAGAAGCACUUGAUAAAAGAAAAGAUGAAAAACAUUGGAAAAGAAAAAGUUUGUCUAUUUUUGGUAAAAACAUUAAAAAGAAAUUAAAAAGAUUUUUUUGAUAUUAGUUACAAAUCUAGCAGAAAUUACAUUCUUCCUGCUGACAUCGUACAUAUAUCAAGUGAGUUGCUAAUAGAUGAAAUAAAAUAUAGAAGAAUGUAGAUUUUGAAAAAGUAGACAUAUGGUUAAUGUUUAGACGAUCUGAUUUGUUAUAUUUCUGAAUAUAAUGACAUAUAGAUUGAGUAUUCUACAAUAGUAGAUGUAUGUUUUUUGGUAUAAUACAUAUUCUAAGUCAAGUAAAUUAUUAUGUUUUCAAUGGAUUCACAAUUAAUUGUAAAUUGUCAUAGAUAGUAGAUCAGGUUUACUAACACUUUUAGACCAAUUUUGAAAUUGCUUUCAUUAAAAUAACUGCAUUACAAAAUUAGCUUUUCUAAAUGAACAUAUAUGUUUAUAUUAUAUUUUGCAUUUUUUCUGUUUUUUCACUAUAUUGAUAUGAAUUCUUAUAAAAUAUAAAAUCAUCAAUGUCCAAAAUGGCAAAAUUAGUUUUGCCCUAAAAAUAUAAUAACUAAGGGGGUGUUAGUGGGACUUAGAUUUCUAUAGAGUUUGUUGAUUUUAAAAGUUGAGAGAUUUGUUAAAUUUGGAAAGAGAUGUAGAGAAUUUUGUAUAUUGU